UGCAGUGUUGCUUGUGUGCCACCUUCCACGCACAUCCUAUCAGGCGUUUCCCCCCACGACCGUCCUCUGCGGCUUGUGAAGCAGUGGGUCAAACAACGACGCUAACACUGGAGCUGUAAAAUUACCAACGGGGGCUCCCGUUUAAAGCGCCGCAGCAAGCUGACCAUCCAGCGCAGUGUGAUCACUUGCGACUUUCUCUGAAACGCCCUGCUGUUUCGGAGAAGUUGAAAUUGAUAUAUCAAAAAUUAAACCACUGCAGCCGCCGCACAUCCACCAAAAAUUACCCCAAAUCGAAGCAAAAUGGUUCAGAAUAAGAUAACCGAAGUCACAGGAUUCCACCGCUCUUUCAAGGGCCAAAAUCCCUUUGAAACAGAGGACUUCACAAAAAAUGGAUCCCAUCUUAUUGAUUCGUCUUUUAAUUUUGAUUCUUCCCCAAGACAUGACAUGCCUUCCAGCCAGCCUAUCGACAUCCCCGAUGCCAAGAAGAGAAACAAGAAGAAAAAGCGUUGCCGGGCAACUGACAGUUUCUCUGGACGAUUUGAGGAUGUCUACAGACUGCAGGAAGAGGUAUUAGGAGAGGGCGCUUAUGCCAGAGUGCAAACAUGCAUCAACCUCAUCACCAACAAAGAGUAUGCUGUAAAGAUCAUUGAGAAAAGACCAGGUCACAGCCGCAGCCGAGUCUUCCGUGAGGUUGAGAUGCUCUACCAGUGCCAGGGCCACAGCAACAUCCUGGAGCUGGUGGAAUUCUUUGAAGAGGAAGAUAAAUUCUACCUGGUGUUUGAAAAGCUUAGGGGAGGGUCAAUCUUGGCGCACAUUCACAAGAGACAGCACUUCAGUGAGCAGGAAGCCAGUGUGGUCGUGCAGGACAUUGCCAGCGCUCUGGAUUUCUUGCAUAACAAGGGAAUGGCACAUAGAGAUCUGAAACCUGAAAACAUUCUCUGUGAGAGUGCAGACAAGAUUUCUCCUGUCAAGAUCUGUGAUUUUGACUUGGGCAGUGGGAUUAAGCUGAACAGCGACAGCUCACCCAUUUCCACCCCAGAGCUCCUCACUCCCUGUGGCUCAGCAGAGUACAUGGCACCUGAGGUGGUUGAGGCUUUCAGUGAGGAGGCCACAAUUUAUGACAAGCGCUGUGACCUGUGGAGCCUUGGAGUUAUCCUCUACAUCAUGCUUAGCGGUUACCCACCUUUUGUAGGCCGCUGUGGUGGUGACUGUGGCUGGGAAUUAGGGGAGCCCUGCCACACCUGCCAGAACACUUUGUUUGAAAGUAUUCAGGAAGGAAAAUAUGAGUUUCCAGAGAAAGACUGGGCUCACAUCUCCUCAAGUGCCAAAGACCUUAUAUCCAAACUUCUGGUUCGGGAUGCCAAAAACCGCCUGAGUGCCAGCCAGGUGCUGCAGCACCCCUGGGUGCAGGGGGGUGCAUCUGACACUUUGCCAACAUCAAUCUUACAUCAAAGAACCAGCAAUGCCAGGGAUCUGACCUUCUUUGCUGGCAAAGCCAUGGCUGUGAACCGGCAGCUGGCUGAACAGGACGGCAUGGAAGAGCAGCAGCAGCAGGAAGUCCCGUUUGUUGUUACUGCUUCUGGCUCCUCUAUGCGCCUCUCUCCUCCUUCCAACUCAAAGCUGGCCAGGCGAAGGCAGCGGAGCAACCAGCCCAAAGGAGGGCCCGUCUCAGCUGCAGAACUUCGACAGCUUCUGGCCCCUCUUGUUAUUGUGGGAGACUGUGCCUGAACUCUGUCAACCCUGACCUCCUUGACCUUCCGUUAAGAUUCAAGUCCAGACUGCCAUGAGACUCUCCCUCUCCUUCUCUGGCCCCUCUCCCUGACUCUAGCUGGCCUUGGUUCCUCUGCCAUUCAGGCUUUCUUGCCUCGCUGUAAAGGGAGAUGCUGCCCGCAUCCCUUUCUUUAAAUGCCUUCUGCCCUUCUGCAGCACUUCUGAAGCACAUCAGCCCAGGGCCGGCUUAUAGCAAACACACACAAAUGUGUAUGUCAGGGUUUUGGAGGAGGGCCAGUUCAUGAUUUGGGAGAGAAAGAAAGAGAGAAGUAUUUUCUAAGUUAUUUUCUUUUCUUUCCUCCAUGAAACUCAGUUCAGAAGAAAUCCGAACACUUAUCUCUUCAAGACUAAGCUCAGACACCAAAGGACAACCUGUUGUGCUGCUCCCACUUUACAACUGGAUCCACUGUGAAUUAAGUUAUCUGGAAUGUUCUCUUUGCCUGUAUGUAUAUGCACAAAUGGCCCUUCUGCAGAUACGUACAAGCUUAUGCAAUAUGCCAAGGUGAAGGCUGUUUCUGUCUCCAGUAUGAGGGAUUCAGUACGAGGUUUGGAAGGGCUACAAGCCAAUGCUGUCCGUGCCUGGUGCGGUCCAUUAUGUGGCUGGGGACUUCAAAGAUUUUUUUUUUCCUCAAUUUAAGAUGAAUUCCUAAACACUGAGCCUCUUCUGUAAAAUGUCUGAGAUAAAACAAGCACCCAUCUAGCUUUGUGGCCAUGCACUUAAAUGCUCCUAGACAGAGCAAGGAAUGUUUGUCAGUACUCAGCCAGUAGACCCAUUCAUACCAUUGAUUUUAUGAACAUGUAUACCAAAUUACACUUCUCAGUGUUUGACACCAUCAGACAAGUCUAAUAGUAUUGAAUUUAAACUAUUGCACUUGAUUUGUGAUGGCAGGGCCACCUCAUAAUUGGACAUGUUACCUUGCUCUGAAGUAUAUAUUUGGUAUGGUGGUACAAGUUAAUUAUGUUAAUUGCUAGGCAAGCUAAACCGGGUCAGUGUUACUGUCAUUGUAAAGAUUUCAUGACAUGUCCUCUUGCCACAACCAGAAGUUGUAUUUUUCUUUUUUUUUCUUUUUUAUCAAAAAGUCAAUUUAUGCAUUAGAUUUAACCUUGAAGAUUUUGGAAGUAAAGGUUAGAACUCCUCUCAGGGGUUUGAAAAGCACAUUUUGGCCAACAUGACCUGGGUGUCAACUAUUGAAUGAAUACAUUUUUUGGACCAUCAUUUUUUUGUGUUGUUUUUGAUCAGUUACCCCUUUCUAAAAUGACAUCACGAAUAAUUCUCAUAAAAAUGAAGAGGCAGGUGUGACUUAAAAAAAGAAAAGCAUUAAAAAAGGAAAAACAUUCCACAAAAAGAAAAACAAACAAAAAAAGUCUUCCAUGGACGUGUAGCUGUAUUAAGUUUACUUUAUUUUUCAUGUUUGAAAACUCCAUGUCAAUGUGCCACACUGAUUUCUUUUUCCCCUUUUUGUAUGGCUGUUGAUAAGCUUUUAUUUUCUACAUGGUGAUUUUCAUGCAGGUGCUGUUCAGUUCAGGUGAAACACCGGAUGUUUUCCUUUAAUUUUUUUAUGUUUUGUGUUUUUAAAAGUUGAGAGUAUGUGAUGUUUGAGGCGAGAUGGAAAGUUUAGUUGACCUGGAGCGUUCAUGCCCAGCGAAGGCGAGUUUUUAAGUUUUAUUUUUUUAUGUACGAGUUGGCAAUAAUCUUUUUUUUGUUGUUCAGAUUAAGUUCAUUAAGCUCAUUUGAAACUGACAGGUAAUGGACUUGGUGAUGAGGCCUCACAACACUGUAGCCAUUUCACCAAAGAGGGUUCAAGUCACAACUUCGAACAUGUUUGAUCCAUCACCUGGCAGUGAAAGUGGGGACUUCUGAUUGUCUACAUCCUGUUGCCAGCACUGCAGCAACGGUACUCUACUAAGUGGCUCCCUUGGUGUCAAGUGACCCAUAAUGCUGAUAAUAGGACACUGUAAUAGUUCUAAAAUACUUUCUACAGAUGCAUAGUUAUGGGGUUUUAUGUCUUAUAAUAAGACUUACUUGAAUUUGUGUAUGCAGCUGUUUCUUCUCCACUUGGGAAACUACUUUGCUAUCAGUAAUGUCAAAGCAUUAAGCUGAUGAUCAAGGCAAUCCUGGGGUUUUUGAAAAUACCAAUACAGUUCAGUGUUCUGCCUUUUCUCCCUUUUGAGCAUCAAACAAGUUAGUCCCUACUUUUGGAUAGGGUUGGAUACUCAGAAGCGCACAGACUUUGGCCAUACUCUGUCAUAUCCUUAAUGGUAUUGUAGAGUUUUCUUGGUCAUGACCAUUUCUACUUUUGUCACAUGGCAGUAGCUUUUCAGACUGCCUUUUAUUUGGGGGGUGGGAUUGGGCAAAAUGAUAUCUCUAAGCCUCGCAAUUUUUAUAUUGUCAGUCAUUUUGAAGUAAGAAGUGUUAAAAAUUCAGUGAUUGAUUCAUUCAAAUGGACAGUCCAUCACCAUCAUCAUACUCCUCCCCACGAUUUGAAUGUAGCCUGCAGGCAAAAGCAUUUACAAUCCAGCAACAUUGAUCAGAUCUUUUAUAAAUAGUUUGUUUAAUGGACAUGGUGUGGGGUCAUUCUGUCCACGUCAAUACAGAUUUUUUUUAAAGAGUUGACACAUCUGUUUAACACUGUCUGAAUCACCCCACAAACCCCAUUCUGUCCAUGGGGGGAAAAUUAAAAACAUCCUUUAAAAUACAGAAAAAUAUUUUGAUUUAAAAUAAGCACUUUACUGUACCAUGUGAAUGAUUGCAGUUCACUCAAGGCAACAGUUAUGACAGUUGCAACAGAAUUUUGUAUUGUUUUUCUAAAAAAAUGCAAUAAAAUGCUUUGACCUACA